UCCACGUGGUUGCGGACGCUCCCGGAGGUUCGGAUCUUAUAAAUGUUAAGAUCACAGCAGUUAACAACCAUCUCAGCUCCUCCACAAACAAAGAGAAACGUUGCAUCUGCAGAUUGAAUCACAUCAGAUUUAAUAAUAUCUACAUCUCCGGGACAUGUUCCUGCUGUUUUUGACUCAUGGAUAUCAGACUUGUGAUCGAUGUGGACAGAGAAAGUGAGAUGACUGCUCAUAGUCUUCAUGAUUUGAAGGAGCAGGGAAGUUAAACCUGGAACAGAGACUGAGAGACUGAGGAGGAGACGCGCAGGAUGACAUGCGUACAAACGGGACCAGAGAGGAGCAAACGAGUGAUAACCAGAGGAGGAGAGGAGAAGGAGGCAAGUGAGGAGGGAAGCGAGAAUGAAUGAGACGCACUGAGCAAUCAAGGAGAAGGAGAUUGGAGGGAUCAAGGGUCACCCUCAGGGAGGGUGUAAGCUGAGGAAGUGCCACCCCACUCACCUGUGCCUGCUUACAGCCACUACGCUCUAGCCCUGCCCCCUGCUCAGCCUCCAACAUGGCUCUUGCAGUCUGGAUCAUCUGUACCUGCGCUGUAGCUUUCAGCAACAUCGCUCCAUCCUCGCAAGCACUGAGCCGGUCAAUGAUGCCCUUCGGCUUGAUGCGUCGAGAGCUGGCGUGUGAAGGCUACCCAAUUGAGCUGCGCUGCCCUGGAAGUGAUGUCAUCAUGAUUGAGACGGCCAACUACGGCCGCACUGAUGACAAGAUCUGUGACGCAGACCCCUUCCAGAUGGAGAACGUGCAGUGCUACCUGCCAGACGCCUUCAAGAUAAUGUCACAGAGGUGUAAUAACCGCACUCAGUGUGUGGUGGUAGCAGGGUCGGAUGUGUUCCCGGACCCUUGCCCAGGGACCUACAAGUACCUGGAGAUCCAGUAUGAGUGUGUCCCUUACAAAGUGGAUCAAAAAGUCUUUGUGUGCCCGGGGACACUGCUGCGGGUGCAGGCGGCCAGCUCUCAGCAGGAGGCAGAGCACCAGGCAGGGGCGUGGUGCAAGGACCCGCUGCAGUCUGGGGACCGUCUUUACGUCAUGCCCUGGACCCCCUAUCGAACCGACAUGUUGUAUGAGUAUGCCUCCUGGGAAGACUUCAAACAGAACCGAGCCACCACCACCUACAAGUUGCCCAACAGAGUUGACGGCACAGGGUUUGUGGUGUAUGAUGGGGCGGUAUUUUACAACAAGGAGCGCACACGAAACAUAGUCAAGUAUGACUUACGGACGCGCAUCAAGAGCGGAGAGGCCAUUAUCACAAACGCCAACUACCAUGACACGUCUCCCUACCGCUGGGGAGGGAAGUCGGACAUCGACCUAGCUGUGGAUGAGAAUGGCCUCUGGGUGAUCUACGCCACAGAGUCCAACAACGGACGACUUGUGGUCAGCCAGGUAAACCCUUACACCCUCCGCUUCGAAGGCACGUGGGAGACCAGCUUCGACAAAAGGAUGGCGUCCAACGCCUUCAUGGCUUGCGGUGUGCUUUACGCGGUGCGGUCGGUGUACCAGGACGAUGACAGUGAAGCGGGUGGUGACCUGGUGAUGUACGCCUACAACACUAACCACGGUCGCGAAGAGCCCGUCAACAUCGCUUUCCCCAACCCCUAUCAGUACAUCUCCUCUGUGGACUACAACCCGCGAGACAACCAGCUGUAUGUCUGGAACAACUACAAUGUGCUGCGCUACCCACUGGAGUUUGGACCACCAGACCCCACCACAGGGCCUUUGACCACCGCCCAAGUGUCCACCACUGUUCCAGCCAGGCCGUUCACCUCCAGUGCCAGUCCCUCCACCGCCCGACCUCUGGCGCCCACCUCGCGCCCUAUCGGCUCCAUCAACAAGCACCCCGAUCUUCGACCAAUCACAGCUACCGUGCCUGUCACCCGCCGGCCACCCCACCCUCCUCCUCAAGGCCCGGAGCCCCAUGUGUGCGAAGCGAAGCGGGUCCGUGGCGUCGACUGGCCCACCACACAGAGAGGAGAGACCGUAGACCGCCCGUGUCCCAAAGGAUCUCUAGGAAUCGCUUCGUUCCAGUGCUUGGCGGAGCAGGUCAUGUGGAAUCCGCGGGGUCCUGACCUGAGUAACUGCACCUCCCCGUGGGUCAACCAGGUGGCCCAGAAGAUAAAGAGCGGUGAGAAUGCUGCCAAUAUUGCCGGAGAGCUGGUGAACCACACCCGGGGUCGGAUCCAGGCUGGAGAUGUCAGCUCGUCCGUGCGACUCAUCGAGCAGCUGCUGGACAUACUUGACGCCCAGCUUCAGGCCCUAAGGCCUGGAAACAAAGAUUUAGCUGCACGGAACUACAACAAGCUCCAGAAGCGAGAGCGGACCUGUCGGGCCUACAUCCAGGCGGUGGUGCAAACCGUGGACAACUUAUUGCGUCCCGAGGCCCUGGAGUCGUGGCAGGACAUGAACAGCACAGAGCAGGCUCACACUGCCACCAUGCUGCUGGACGUCCUGGAGAAAGGAGCUUUCCUGCUGGCCAACAACAUGUACGGGAAUCGCUUUUCCGACCGAACGCUCAGCAUUGACCUUGAGGUGCACGUUCUAAACACAGAGAUGGACCUGCAGGACUUGUCCUUCCCACAGAACUACGCCAGCGACAGCACCAUCCAGCUCUCAGCCUCCACGAUCAAACAGUACAGCCGCAACGGACAAGUCAAGGUGGUGUUUGUGCUCUAUAAAAACUUGGGAUCCUUCCUGUCCACUGAGAAUGCCACCUUGAAAAUGGAAGUGGAGGGGUCAAGCCACGAUAAGAAGCGACUGGCAGUCAACUCCCACGUAAUCGCAGCCUCCAUCAACAAAGAGUCCAGCAGAGUGUUCCUCACAGAGCCGGUGGUCUUCACACUCAAACAUCUGCAGAUAGAGAAUUACUACACUCCAAACUGCUCCUUCUGGAACUACUCGGAGCGCUCUAUGACAGGACAGUGGUCGUCACAGGGCUGCCGGCUGCUGGACACCAACAACACGCACACCACCUGCUCGUGCAGCCACCUCACCAACUUCGCCGUGCUGAUGGCGCACCACGAGCCCGACUACCAGGGGCGCAUGCAUGAACUGAUCCUGUUUGUGAUCACCUGGGUGGGUAUUGUCAUCUCCCUGGUGUGUCUGGCCAUCUGCAUCUCCACUUUCUGCUUCCUGCGGGGCCUGCAGACCGACCGCAACACCAUCCACAAGAACCUCUGCAUCAACCUCUUCAUCGCCGAGCUGCUCUUCCUCAUCGGCAUAGACAAGACGGAAUAUCACAUCGCCUGUCCCAUCUUUGCUGGCCUUCUGCAUUUCUUCUUCUUGGCUGCCUUCUCCUGGAUGUGUCUGGAGGGUGUGCAGCUCUAUCUCAUGCUGGUGGAGGUCUUUGAGAGCGAGUACUCCCGCAAAAAGUACUACUAUCUGUGUGGCUACUGCUUCCCCGCACUGGUGGUGGGCAUCUCGGCGGCCAUAGACUACAGGAGCUAUGGGACCAAGAAAGCAUGCUGGCUGCGAGUGGAUAACUACUUCAUCUGGAGCUUCAUUGGACCUGUUUCGUUUGUUAUCAUGCUCAACCUCAUUUUCCUCAUAAUCACUUUACACAAGAUGAUUCGCAACUCCUCAGCACUGAAACCUGACUCCAGCCGCCUGGAUAACAUUAAGUCAUGGGCUCUGGGGGCCAUUGCUCUGCUGUUCCUGCUGGGCCUGACGUGGGCCUUUGGUCUCCUCUUUAUCAACGAGAACACGGUGAUCAUGGCGUACCUCUUCACCACCUUCAACGCCUUCCAGGGCAUGUUCAUCUUUAUCUUCCACUGUGCCCUGCAGAAGAAGGUCCAUAAGGAGUACAGUAAGUGUCUGCGUCACUCCUACUGCUGUAGCCGUACCUCCACCACCAGCUCCCACGGCUCCCUGAAGAACUCGGGCCUGCGUGCCAACAACCGCUACUAUAGCGGCAGCCAAGCUCGCCAUGCAGCGGCCCACAGACAGAGUCGCAUCCGCAGGAUGUGGAACGACACGGUUCGGAAGCAGACAGAAUCUUCUUUCAUGGCGGGAGAUAUCAACAGCACCCCGACACUCAACCGCGCAACCAUGGGCAACCACCUUCUGACAAACCCAGUGUUACAGACUCGCACUGGUACCUCUCCUUACAACACUCUGCUGGCUGAGAGCUUCACCCCGCCCUCACCUGGUGUCUUCAACUCUACCGGAACCUUUCGUGAUCCAAAGACCACAUUAUCCAAGGCCCGAGACCCCUGUGGGAUGGAAACCCUGCCCUUGAAUGGUAACUUCAACAACAGCUACUCCCUGCGCAGUGGCCCAGGGGGUGGAGGCGGUGGCAGCUGUGACUUCCUAGGUAGUGGUGGAGACAGCCCGCCGCCCCUCCUCAAUCCCCGCAGCUCGGAGGCCCUGGGUGGUGGAGGUAUCCGACGGAACCUCUCCGAUGCGGCAGCCUUUGAGAAAAUGAUCAUCUCGGAGCUCGUGCAUAACAACCUGAGGGGUGGUGUUGGAGGAGGGAGUGGAGGAGGUGGAGGUGACGUAGGGGACAGAGUGUGUGGCAGCCUGGCCAGGGGACGUCCUCACGGUGGGGUCGGUCGGGGGACAAUCGUUGCUGGGACAGAGUCGCCUAUGGGCAUGGAUGAACAUGAGGACUUUCUGAGAGACGGGCGGCAGCGCACCCCGCAGGAUGUGGAGCUACUUUAUAAAGCUCUGGAGGAACCCCUGCUGUUGCAGCGUGCCCAGUCGGUUCUCUACCAGAGCGAUCCAGAGGAGUCAGAGAGCUACACGGCCGACCUCACUGAGAGCCUGGGCCACAGUGGUCACAGUGGCCAGAGUGCUGGCGGUCAGGGAGGCAGCAGAGCGCCAGACUCCCCUGCCCGUGACUCCCUGUACACCAGCAUCACCAACCUGCGAGACUCACCCUAUCCUGACAGCAGCCCUGAGCCCCUGGAAGUGGUGCCCCGCUCAGCUCAGCCCCCAGAGGAGCUGUACUACAGCUCUGGGAGGCCUGCCCUGGGCUCUCGUGGGGCCCCCAUGCAGACCUUCUACCAGGUCCCAGCCCGGAGACCGAGUGGUGAGGGGCACCAGGCUCAGGAGCUUGCCCACAAUGAGGGAGACGGACAGAUGCAGCUGGUCACCAGCCUGUGACUGAAGCCUGAGGGAGGAUGUUGGGGACUAUUGUGAUGGCCAGAGCCGCCUCCCAGCUCGCCUCGUGCUUGCAUCUCUCCACUUUCUGCUUGUUUGGUUGCCUUUCUUUCUCUUGACAUUUAUUUAACUAACAGAUGAGCAAACAGAGUGACCUUCAGGGGAAGUCGUGGCUGACUCUGCAGAAGCAGCCUUUAUCUUUAACCCUCCUCUGUCUUAUGGAGAUGAGUGAUGGGUGUGUUUCCACAGAGCAUUCAUAAACUCUCUCCAAACCCACUCCUCCCCUGUUCCUUUGGUACCCUAAGGCCAAGUCCAGCACUCUGAAUGUACCCAUCCACCCCCUUUACCUUCAGAUAUUUCAAAACUUUAAAACUUUGUUAAAGUUUUUUUAUGUAAUAUCUCCUCAGACCUGCCUCCGGAGAUGGGAAUAUCAUUUUAUAUUGUAUCUCGUUUCCCUUUCUUACCAUCCAUAGGUCUUUUUCGAGUCAUUAUUUGAUAGGAGUAGUUAACUGUGGAGACCAGGAAUAUAGAACACUAUUAUAACCUAAAAAUGUCUCACAGAAAGCUCUUCAUUGUUGCCAAAAAUAUCUUUUAUUGAGCCAAAACAGAAACUAGAACGCUCACAAGGCAAGUGCAGACACACACACACAUACGCACACUCAUCCAGAAGUGCUCAUUACUGAACAUCAGAAGUGAAAACAGUACUCCAUCUAGGUAAAAGGGAGCAAGAGCUUUCGUCCCAAGCUGGCAGUGGGAGUUGAUUCAGUGUUGCCUUCAUCUUCUCUUGCGAUGAAUCAACAACGUGGACAGAAGUGGAGUAGAGGCAGAGACUGAGGAGGUGCGGCCCCGCCCUUCCAGAGCAGGAGGGCCUGCCCCCACAUAGACUGGCCAGUCCUCUCUACUGUUCUCUCCGGUUGUUUGCUUUAGGCUUUCGAAAAGUCAAAUGACUGCCUUGCUAUUGUUUUGAAGAGAGUAUUCAAAUUGUUGACUUGAGGUCUACAUCCUCCGGGGGCUGCAGGAGCAGACUGGUGUCAUCCCCCCCCCCGCCCCCCUCGCCCCGCCACCCCUCCUCUACUUUGCUGUUAGAGCCUAGACAGUCGAAGUGGACUUGUUUCCUGUGUGUGGACAACCCAAGACUGUAAACGUGGCAAACGCAUCGGUCAACCAAUUGGUAUAACCGUGUACAUAGGAACCACACAUGAAUUUACUUUAUUCCUGCUAUGUAAAUAGAGACACCAGAUGAUCAAAAGCAACAAAAAGUAACAAAUACUAUGAAAAAUGACUUCUUGUACUGCAACAGCCGAAAGAAAAAAAUAAAAUGUUUUGGAGUUUGUGACCUGAAUGAUGCACUCUAUCUCUCUCCCCUUUUGCCCGAUCUCUCGCUCUCGCUCCUCUGCGCCCCAGCACUGUGCCAUUCAAUGAAAUUCCUUAUUGACCCAGUGAAGAGAGAAAGGCAGAAAGAGAUUAUAAGGUGGAGUAGAUUUUUAUUUAUUCAAAAAAAAUGGAUCAAAAAAAAAAAUCUGGCACAUUUUUUAUGUAAUAUAAUCCAUAACAUGUUGUUGAUGUUUGACCGUUGACAUUCCCAGGGUGGACUUGCUGAAGGCAGCGGUGGGCGGGAUGUGUAGGGCGAGCGAGAUAGAUGUCAAAUGUUAUACUGUGCCUCACAAGCACAAUGAAGCAUUGUGGGUUAACAACAGCAUCCAUAAAGUGAUUUGGUUUGUUCUUGUAUUAUUUGGAGGAUAUAACCAGAUUACAUUCUUUUGAUAACAUGGGUUUAGCAUGUAUGAAAAUGACAUUUGUUUUGCUAUCAGAGACUAUUGCAUUUUGCUGUUUCUUAAAGAUAGUUUCAGCAUCACUCCAGAGCCUAAUGUGACAUUUCAUUCAUGUCCUUUGUGUGUGCACAGGUGUGUUAAGUAUGAAUGUGUCUGAAUGCCUGUUUGUGCGUCCAGUGAGUGCGUGCCGUGCACCAGACUUCUGUAUGUGCACAUACAUUUGAAAGGCAAUUUUAUUUGACAUGAAUGCAUACAUAUGAAUUUGAAAGCUACCAUUACUUCUUCGCCGCAAAUGGCAGCUGCUCUGGACGUGGCAUUCGGUUACGAAGUGGAAAAAACGGCCGCGUUGGGAGACAUGAGAUCUCCAUAUACCAUGAAAACGACAAGUACGGUUGACCGAUGGGGAGGAACGUGUUUUCAAUACGGCACCUUUAUGCAAGCGGUACAUUUGAGAAAUUCGCUGUCAAGAGAGAGCCACUCAUGAAGCCACUUUCAUCCAGCUGAAAUCUGUCUGACCUUUACACGACUGAGAGUUUGCCUUCUUCUACGCUUUAUUAUAGUUAUUUGUUAUGGUUUAUUAGUUUUUAUGUAUGUUUUUGGAAGAUUUAUUCACAUUGAUUUAUUCAUGGCGUUUUUUUUUUACUUUUUUGAUCUCCUUCAUAAACCUGCAGCAAAUGAGCGAGUGUGGUGCCUGUGUGUUUGUGCGUGUGUGGAUGGACGUGAGCAGAAAAUAGAUGCAUCCACUGCAGUGUGACAUUUGGCUAGGGCCCGACUGUCCCACUUCUAAGAAUACCCCAAGGACAGCUUCUAGCUGUGGCUCCACUGGCUGAAAGAGAGCGGGUCAAAAGCAGAUAAGGGAGAGAGAUUACAAGGAUUUGUCACCAUUUAUUCUCAAAUCAUUUGUGUAACAUUAUAUUGGCUUCUAGUGCAACUCAGAACGAAGGCCCUACUGUCGUCACGUGAGCCACUGAGGGAACAUGUGCAAUACUGGUUUGAUGGUGUGUGACUCGGAGGUGCAGCUGAACCUGUGAGCUGUCUGUGUAAAAAUAAAUAAAGACAGUAUGCACAUGUCGUCUGUUCCGCUGCGGCGCUGGACGAUUCAAAGCACGGGUCUCAGAGCUCAGGUGUCGGGACGCCGCACUCACUGGUCAACCGAGGACAACUGAAUGUAUAUUAACAAGCAGGACUGAAGAUAAAAACGAUUCACUCCAGUGUGGAAGUGUUAAUGGGAAAAACAAGACGGUCAUCAUCUUUCUCCUCAUCACCAUCAUCAUUAACUACAUCCCUCCCUCAUUGCAUUUGACAUAAUGUGCUGAUGCUGAUCUCUAGUGCUCAGCUGGGACCUGCCCCAGGGAGAAACAUUGUUUAGACAGACGCUCCCUGUGAGAGGAGGAGUAUGCGUCACCUAGGGCCUGCUCCUUUUUUUUUUUUUUCCAGCAGCAGCUCCCAGCCUCCACCCCCCCCCCUCACAUCUCAUCCACAUUUUAAUAUCAAUCUCAAUGGACGCCAUUAGUGCAGCACUUCUUUGAGAGCGUUAAUUUGUUUUGUCAAAAGCUUUGUUUACCCCAGAUUAAUAUCUCAAUAAACAGAGGAGUGCUGCGCUGUGGUAACUGAUGGUGAUUAUACAGUAGAAGGUCUGGGGGGCCCACGCUGUCGGACGGAAGGCUCACAUCGCGGGAGUUCCUCCACCAUUCAAAGCCCUCUGAUUACAAUAAUAACACCGUGGGUACUAAUUUACUGCAGUGAACUCGCCCUCUCUCUCUCCUGCUCUCUCUCCUAUUUCUGUCUGCAGAUGUUUAAUGCAAUUCCCAUUCCCCACUGGCGGCAAGCCUGACAUGCCUGUGGAUCGGUGGUUAGAUAGGAAGUUGUUUAAAAGGUGGGACGCCCACCUUUGACACAGUGCCGUCUCACCCCUGCAGCUCAGUGUCAGCGGAGAGUGAGCUGUGGCAUUGUUCAGCCUAUCAUUAGACAGCAGAGCGCACAGCAGGCCUACGGCCCGUUCACUCGCAGUUGACCCUUUCACACUCUGACUGUUUUUUUGUUAUUUCCCAGCAAUUUUUGCGGCAUAUAUAUCGCGGGGUUGGUUUGGGGGAGGUGGGGACACUGUUCAACAGCAGCGGGGAAGUGGUGGGUCAUUAUUUCUGCAAAGACUGGUCCAAGAGGGGACAGAGCGGAGACAACAUCAGCAGAGAUGUCACAGAUGUCACAAAAUCAUAGCCACAGCCGGUGAGAGAAGCGGGGUGGCUGUGGUGAGGCUGUGCAAGGCUGGAUCUGGAUAUAAGGAGAUGGCUUUCUGUUAGAGAGCUUUAAAGUCACUGUUGUUCACUCAUACAAUAAAAAAAAUCUUCCCGUACAGGAGGAAAGAUGACAGACUUGAUUUUUGUUUGGUCUAAUCAAGGCUUAGUUUCAAAAAAACAAUGAAUAUGAUAGAUUUUAAACGGCAAACAAUGAUAAAGUAGUGCUAUUUUACUAUUGUUCUCUUGAUAUAUGUCCACAUGACUGCUGUUCAGUGCUAAUAGAGUAGUUUUAAGAAUAUGUAAGGCUACGGCACAGACUCAGCGAUGAGGAUUGUGCCGUUUCUUCCUUGUCUAUGAAUCUGAAUGGGGAGCUGUGCCGGCAAGUCAGGCUGGCAGCCAUCUUGAUGAGCUGGGUGGGACCAACGACAGACCCCAAGGUCAAAAACCAUCAUCAAAACACAUCAGUUUAGACAGUUUUAUACACUGAUGUGGAGAAAGGUGUGAAUCAGCUUUGUACACGUGUCCACAUGCAGCCGGAGCAAACUGUAUCUGCAGGCAGGAGGUUUUCUUCUCUAUUUCCUCCCCCUGGUGCACCGUCUCUGAGAGAGCUGCUGAAAUGUGCCUGCAUGUGCUCGUCCAUGGCUGCAGCGAUCUCAAACUGGUGAUCAUCUACGGAGCUGGUAGAAAAGAAACAGCCCCAUCACGGCCUGUGUCUGUCAUCAGAGAGUAGCCGGGCUCUAGCAAGCGCGUGAAUGGGAUGUUCUGAGAAUCAGCUAAGGGCUGUGUUAGAUGAGCCCCUUAUAGCAGAGCCUGGUCAGUAUUGGAUACAUGCUCAUAUUGAUGGGAUUAUAUUAUUGGGUGCUAGUGGUUUAUAUAGCAGCUAGACAGUGGGAGGGACAAUGAGACCUGACAUUGUGCCAUGUGGAGUUCUACAUUUAGCACCAUUUACAGAGCUGUGAUUUUUCUAUGAAAUGGAUAAUUUAUCAUGUAUCACUGAGACAUUUCUAUUCUGAGGUUGAUAAUAUUCCUUGAUUAUGUUUCUGUUUACUUUGAGCAAUGAUGUUCAUUUGAUUUGUUUUUCUUCUCAUGGUCAUUGCUUUGACAGCUGUCUGGGCCAAAGGGAGGCGAUUUUCUGUCAUCAGAGCGACCUUGUA